UGUGAGCGGAAGUUACCAGAUCGAUGCGCUCUGCAAUGGAUUGGCACAGCCUGCAGCCUCUGCUGAGCCUGAGCAGUAGCAAGGAAAGGAAAGGCCAAGAUGGCGUCGGUAGUAAGAGCGCGGACGGGUCCGUGCGGGUAGCCGGGAGACGGAGACUGCUGCGAGGGUGAUGGGAGCCGGAUAAGCCGGGAUGUGUGAGAGCUACUCGCGCUCGCUGCUGCGAGUGUCGGUGGCGCAGAUCUGCCAGUCCCUGGGUUGGGACUCCGUGCAGGUGACCGCCUGCGACCUGCUCACCGAUGUCCUGCACCGGUACCUGCAGCAGCUGUGCCGGGGAGCCCAUCGCUACUCCGAGCUGUAUGGACGGACAGACCCUGUUCUUGACGAUGUAGGUCAAGCCUUUAAACUAAUGGGAGUGAAUCUCCUUGAACUGGAAGACUACAUUCACAAUAUCGAACCAGUUACCUUUCCACAUCAGAUCCCAUCCUUUCCUGUCAGCAAGAAUAAUGUCUUGCAAUUUCCUCCUCCUGGGAGCAAAGAUGUUGAGGACCGGAAAGAAUAUAUCCCUGACUACUUACCACUUAUCAUCUCUUCUCAGGAAGAGGAAGAAGAGGAGCAAGUGCCCACAGAUGGUGGGACAUCAGCAGAAGCUAUGCAACUUCCUCUUGAAGAAGAAGGAGAGAUGGAAGAUGAUGAAACUAUUAAUGAUGAAAACUAUUUAAGUAAAAGACCUUUGGAUAGUCCUGAAACUUUAGAUCUGCCUUUUGCGAAACGACAACGGUUAGCAAAUAUUAAAGGAGAGAUUUUAGAAGGAACAUUGGAACCACGUGAACCACUUAGUUCAAUAAAUGCUCAAAAGGUUCCUCCUAUUCUUUCACCUACUCACAUACAGGACAAUUCGGACUUGGCCCUUCCUCCUUCAGAACCAAUAAUGUUGUCUCCUGUUUUAAAGCCCCAGACUGCCUCUUCAAAGCCAUCAGAAUCUAAAGCAUUGAUCUCUAAAACAAAAUCAAAAGGUUCUCCAGGGCAAAAAACAAAAUCUCCCAAAUCUAUACCACUGGCUACAGUUCUUGGUAGCCCUAUACGAUCACCUAAAAGUGGGCCAAAAGAGAAAAAAUCUCCAGGACGUGCCAAAAGUCCUAAGAGUCCCAAGAGUCCAAAAGCUCCUGCAGCCAGUACUCAGCCAACUGUAAAGUUAGAAACACCAAGCAGUAUACCCAUAGUUGCAAUAAGUGAAAAGAUUUUAAGGGAUAAUGUACAAAUAAAGCAAAAUCCAACAUCACAGGAUUCUGAAAAAUUAAAUUCAGAAAACUCAUCCAAGAAGCCAUCAGUGGCUGAUAAUACCAUUGAGGAUUCUAUUGAUGCAGUAAUUGCUCGAGCUUGUGCUGAACAAGAACCUGAUCCUUUUGAAUUUCCCUCUGGUUCAGAAUCGGAGGGUGAAGUUUUUACUAGUCCUAAAAGACUUACCAUAGCAGAGCCUGCUACUCCUAAAUUUUCAGCUACUAACAGCAGUCUUGGUAAGACUUGUAGCACACCACUGCCUGCUUCAGGUGGCACAUCUAGCUCUGAUAUUUCAUGGACAAUGGAUGACUCAAUAAAUGAGGUGAUCCGAAAGGUCAACCAAGAAACUCCACCAAAUAAUCCAAUCAGUCAACCAUGCUUCUCUUCUCCUUCUGCCUCUCCUCCUACUCCGGAGCCACUGGUCAAAGCCUAUGAGGAGAAGGCAAAAAUAGCUUCUCCAGUAGAUUUGAAGAAAAAAGCUAAGAAAGAACUAAAAACAAAGAUAAAGAAAAAGGACAAAGAAAAACAGAAGGACAAAGACAGGAGCAAGGACAAAAGCAAAGAUAAAAACAAGGAGAAGGACAAAGAUAAAGAUGGUGGCAAAGAUUCAAAACUUCAGUGGAAAGAGACUGCCAGAGAUGAUGAUGCUGAAAUGCACAGAUUUAUGUUAAAAAAUGUCAAUGACUCCGACCAAAAACCAAAGCAGAAGGAGAAUAGUGGGAAGAAAGAGAAAGAAAAACAUAAAAAGAAAGAUAAAGAAAAGGGAAAGAAGGAUAAAGAUAAAAAAGGGAAAGACAAAAGCAAAGAAGAAAAGCUGAAAACGGCACCAUCAACUCCCGUUUUAUUAACGCCUAAAGAUAUUCCACUGCCAAUGAUAAGUACUCCCAAUGCAGUACGACUACCCUCUUUGUUGCCUUCCAUGUCACCUCUACUUCCAGAAAAGGUAGCCGAAGAGCGAGAGAAACCUAAAGAGAAGGACAAGAAAAAGGAAAAGAAAGAGAAGAAGAAAAAAAAGGACAAAGAGAAAGUCAAAGAGAAAGAGAAAGAGAAGGAGAGGAAAGAAAAGGAGAAAAAAGAAAAGGAUAAGGAAAAACAUAAGCAUGACAAAGCCAAAGUGGAGUUAUCUGUUCCAGCCCCUUCACCUGUAAUCCCACGACUGACACUGAGGGUCGGUGCAGGCCAAGACACAAUAGUCAUCAGCAAAGUUGUAUCUACUCCAGAUGCUAAGGUGGCUCCUGCUCCUUCCUUGCCUAAAUCGCCCCCACCCACCCCAUCCCCAGCUCCUGCGCCAGUACUUGUUGUUCCACCUCCUGUGCAGCCACCUACUGUUCCAGCAGCUGCAUCUCCAACUCCAAAUCCAGCUCCUCCUACUCCUGGACCAAACGCUGGCAACUCUAAAACACCUUAUAGAAGUGUUGUCACAGAGACGGUCAGUACUUAUGUGAUCCGUGAUGAAUGGGGCAAUCAAAUAUGGAUCUGUCCAGGUUGUAAUAAACCUGACGAUGGGAGUCCAAUGGUUGGGUGUGAUGGAUGUGACGACUGGUAUCAUUGGCCUUGCGUUGGAUUAGUUGCAGAGCCGCAAUCCGAAAAGUGGUUUUGUACAAAAUGUGAUGGUAAAAAGAAAGAUAAGAAGCACAAAAAAAGGAAGCACAAAGCUCAUUGAGACUUACAGGGAUCGGUCCUUGGCUUGUUUUAGCUGUGCUUCUACUAAUAGAACAGUUUGGCUUAGCCGUGCUCAUUUCUGUGGACUUUUGUCAGACAAGCAAUUAGUAGGCCUUAGACUGUAAGGUCCUUCUGUCAGAUUUAAGAAAAAGGAGCACCCAACACCUAGAAUGGCAGAGGAAAGCUGAGCCACAAUAUACUGUUUGAGCAGAGAGUGACUUGCUCCCAUUUUUCCGGAACAGUACUCUCUUCCUGUAUAAUAGCUGUAUUUUCCUCCAAUAGGAAUUGAACUUGUAAACUAUUUGAUAAAUCCACACACAGAUGUAAAAUGUAGUGAAUUAUUUUAAAAAAAGACUUUGAAGGGACUGUGCCCAUUUUGCUUUUGCCAUCUUUGCUGUACUUGUUGAUAAUCAUAAGGAAAGCUGUUCUAUACCAAUUUAUGUGUCAAGUACAUAUUUUGUUAAAAAUAUAUACAAAUCUUUAUUUUCAUUUUUGUGCUAAUAUAAAUAAAUGACUUCUGGCUUUGUGAAAUAUAUAUAUAUUUUUAAAGAGAUGUUUCUAUUGUAUCCACUUAUUUCCUAGCAUUUUUCAUUGAUGUGUAAUAUAUUUUAGAUUUGUUUUUGUUUUUUUUGCUUUUUAACCAUAUGUCUAAACCUGGUGUGCACGUACUUGGCAUAUAUUGGUUUAUCAGUCCCUUAGAUUUGGAACUUAUUGGGUUGCAGAUGCCCAAUUGUACCAUGCAAGAGAUAUGCAUUUCUGUGCAAAACCAACCUUUAUGUGCUGUUGUCGGCUUGUUUUCCAUUACAGCUAAAAGCAGCAUAUUUGUUAUCUUUCAUCUGAAAGUAUGUUUUGUAUAUAUUAAAGGUGUGUCUCUGAAAUAUGA